GUCAGUAAAGGAUCUGAACAAAAAUUUGUCGGUGAUCAACAAAGCAUAGAACCCACUUUGUCCCAAAAGGUUGUUUACCUUCUUUUUGCAGGUGAUGAGAGAGAGAGAGAGAAGACGGUAGCUCGCGCUCUUUAACAUCUCCUGUUUUCUCUUUAUGCCGAUGCUUACUAUGCUUGUACACAUGUCACCUUAUCUCCUUAUGUGAGCAGGUGCAAGUGAGAUCAGGUUAGUUUUGACCAAACCAACUUUCAUGAUCUUUCUUUACUUUUUUGGUUGGGAAAAAUUUGAGAAACACAAACAAAACAAUGUCAUUUCUCUUAGGGUGUAAAUCUAACCACACAUAGGCAAAAUGUGGAAACUAUACCAUGUACCAUCAUCUUUAUUUUGAGACAUUUUCAAUUAAUUAAGGCAAGAAAAAAAAACCAUCAAGGGCAAAUAAAUAUUACAGUGCCAAAGAAGAUGGGCUAACAAGCUGGCACAAAGAUAAUUUAAUUGAAAAUGAUAAACCCUACCUCGGACCACCGCUUAUAUAAAUAGAGGAUCGGUGCUAGAGGUCAAUCCUCAUCCACAUCACAUCACAGAAAAGAAAAAAAAUGGUGAAAGUCUCCAGUAUUCACAUUCUCUUCUUCGUAUUCAUCACAAGCGGCGUUGCUGUUUCCGCCACCGUCUUCACUUUACAAAACAGUUGCCCUUACACCGUCUGGCCCGGAACACUCUCAGGCAACAGCAUCACCCUCGGCGACGGCGGUUUUCAACUGACUCCAGGCGCUUCCGUACAGCUCACGGCUCCUGUGGGGUGGUCAGGUCGCUUCUGGGCUCGUACCAGCUGCAACUUCGACGCCUCAGGCCGCGGCACUUGCGUCACCGGAGACUGCGGCGGCGUUCUAAAAUGUAUCGGCGGCGGAGAACCUCCGGCUACAUUGGCCGAAUUCACCGUCGGAUCAAGCAAUGCCGGCAUGGAUUUUUACGACGUGAGCCUUGUCGACGGUUACAAUGUCAAGAUGGGGAUUACACCUCAGGGAGGAUUCGGAAACUGCAAAUACGCAGGCUGCGUCUCCGACAUCAACGAGAUUUGCCCUAACGAGCUUCGGAUCAUGGAUCCGGGUUCGGGAAGUAUCGCGGCGUGUAAGAGCGCCUGCGCGGCGUUUAGUUCGCCGGAAUUUUGCUGUACCGGAGCUCACUCGACGCCGCAAACUUGUUCUCCGACGUAUUACUCGACGAUGUUCAAGAACGCUUGCCCUAGCGCUUACAGUUACGCUUACGACGACGCUUCGAGCACUUUCACUUGUACCGGAUCUAACUAUUUGAUCACUUUUUGCCCUACCCAGCCUUAAACCGGAACUCGCGGUUUAAAUUUGGUUUACGGGUUUCUCUCUCUCACACGUUUCUUUUGCUUGUUAUGUACGGAAAUAGAAAGAGAAAUAAGUAAAGAUGAUGACUAUAUGAAUCCUA